AUGUUCAACGCUAUUAGGAACAACUCUAAGCUGUUCUUGGGAACAAUCACUGCAGCAGCAGCAGGUACCGCUGGCAGCGUCGCUUUCAUGUCGGACGACUUUGCUCAGCCCCCCGAAUACCCAUGGAACCAUCGCUUCCCAUGGCAGUCGUUCGACCAUGCUUCAAUCCGUCGUGGUCAUCAAGUAUAUACUCAAGUGUGCGCCACCUGUCACAGUCUUGACAUGAUCUCAUAUCGUCAUUUGAUCGACGUUGCCUACACCACCGAUGAGAUGAAGGCAAUCACAGCUGAGCUGACCGUUGAGGAUGGACCUGAUUCAGAAGGAGAGAUGUUCGAGCGCAAGGCAGUCAUCACAGACUACCACCCCAAACCAUACCCCAACGCAAACGCUGCUCGUUUCUCGAACAACGGUGCUCUGCCACCCGAUAUGUCGCUCGUAAUCAAGGCUCGUUCCCGCCACGAGGACUACGUCUUCUCGCUGAUGACCAGUUACGUCGAUCCACCCACCGGUGUCAAGAUCGUCGGUGGCCAAUACUUCAACCCAUACUUCCCAGGCACCAAGAUUGCCAUGGCACCACCCUUGUCUGAGGGCGCCAUCGAGUUUGACGAUGGCACUGAGAACUCUGUGUCGCAGAUGGCCAAGGACGUCAGCACCUUCCUGGCCUGGGCCUCCGAGCCCGAGCACGACGACAGAAAGAAGCUGGGCUUCAAGAUCAUCCUCGGACUUGGUCUGAUCGCCGUGCCCAUGUUCUACUGGAAGCGUUUGAAGUGGAGCACCAUCAAGACCCGCAAGAUCGAGUUCAAGGACUAA